AUGAGCGGGGUCCGCGGCAGAAGAAGCACCAGCAGUGGCGAUGCGAUCGCCCCUCCUUGCACCCCUGCCGGGAGACACCGACAUCCCUUCGUGCAAGGGGAGGCUGCGACCGAUCCGCCCGAGUGGAAACCCGCCGAGCCGCCCGACGGUGGUAGGCUCGGAGGUUUCCGCGGCGGUAGCGGCGGCGGCGGCGGGGCAGGCACGGCCAGGAGGGCGGACCCUGUCGCAGCCGCCGGGCUGCUGUCCCUGCAGGGGCGGGAGAUCACGACCGCAGAUUUCGAGCUCCUCCUGACUCUAGACGCGUCGCCGGUUUUGCCCCUCCACGAACAUCUCCUUGGAGCCCUACCAAUCUUUCAGGGGACAGGGGCCACCGACACCGAGUGCGGCGGUAGUCCCAGCCAACUGUCGGCAAACGCUUUGCCGGUUCGCCAACAGCUGUCAGGGCUUCUUUCACGAUCGUCCGGGAGGACCGCGGUCGUGGCCACGACGUUGACUUCACCGUCAAGCCCCCCCCCGCCGCCGUCGCUCAGUUCCUUGGUCGCAGCAGCAGCUUUGAGAAGGCACGAAGCCGCAGAAGCAGCAACGGGAGGGGACACGGAAGCGUCGACACAGGCGGCGGCCACAGCAGCAGCAGUAACAGCGACGACCGAAGCCUCGCCCAGAGAAGAAACUACGGCGUCCGUCGCCACCGCGCCCUUGCUCCCUUCGGUCGAGGUAGCCCCGGUCUCUGGAAGUUUCAUGGCUGGGGCGGCGUCCUGUUCGUUCUGCUCCGUUGCCGACACCACUGCUACGGCCGGAGACGCCGCCGCCAGUGGUAUCGAAAACGGCAACGUCGACCCGCGAGGCGAGGCGGCAUCUCCUUGCAUCAGCCAACAGCCUCACCCGUCCCUGUCCUCUUCGAUGCUCUCUUCGCGGGCACGACCAUUGAAGCGACUCCCGUGUGGCCACAACGCUCACGAAGCUUGCCUUUUGCCCCUGAUCCUAGAGAGCGUGGGCAGGGGCGACCCUUUCAGUUGCAGUUGCCCCGUAGACUCGUGUCCGAUCUUCCCGGCCCUCUCUCGCCAGAGCCGCUCUCGCCAGAGCCGCUCUCGCCGCAGCCGCUCAGGCAGCGACGGCGGCGGCACCCCGUCAGCCGGCGGCGACGACUACCGCAGGGGCACGAGAUCAGCCCCCUCGGCGACACCAUUACCUGCCGGCCGUACCGGUGGCAGCGCAGCAGACAGAUACGCGCGGGCGGCCGCGGCAAGGGAGUCGCUCCGGAGAAACGGUCUCGGCUGCGCUGAUGACACGCUCGGCAUCGGGCUUGUCGGCUCGGGGCUCGCGCAGCAACCAUGCCCCCAACCGCCGCCGCCUCCGCCACACGGCGCGGCAGUCGCGGACGCUUCUGCAACUCUCCCCAAUGGGUCACACAGUCGAGCGACAAACGAUAGCCGCUUGGUAGCGUCUCGUGAUGAUGAGGGGACGCACGAUGGAGGGGUGGAGGCGGGUAAUAACGGGGGCGGUGGUGGGGUAGUAGGCCGGCGCGUGGGCCCUUGCCGAAAUCUCCGCGCGUCUCGCCUGAGAGGUCUUGCCAUUCGUUCCAGCGACUCGGGGUCGGACAGCAGCUUCUCUCUUUUUGUCGGGGGUGCAGGGAUAGCCGCAGAUGGGGCAGGAGGUGGCGCAGCAGCUGAUCGAGGAGGGGGCGGGGGCGCGGAAGACGGCCUCGAAGCGGUGGGAGUCCAAGUAGGGGGGAAGAGUGUGUCCGGACUGAUUUUUGUAGAUGAUUUCGUGGGGGUAUCCGAAACACCAGAAGGGUUGCAGGAACAAAUAGAUGCGGCAGUAGGAUACACCCGAAAAUGGAGACUGUCGGCGAACGUAGGAAAAUGCGCAGUAGUGGUCUGUAACGAAGACAAGAAAAAUCCCGUAGAAUUCAAAUGGAAAUGGGGGGAGGAAGAAUUACCGGUAGUAGACAGGUAUACGUACCUGGGAGUAGAGAUUUCGAAGGAGUGCUCAUGGGACGCACACAUAGCAAAGUUGAUUGGGAAGGGUAAAGCUCAGAUAGGCAAGAUGGACGAGAUCCUUACGGACCCACACCUAGACACUAGGAUUAAGAGGUGUGUUCUCUUGAAUGUGAUUGUACCUAAGCUAGAGUAUGCAGGAGAGGUAUGGGAAGGUAACGAAAAGGCCGUCAAGCAGCUGGAAACGGUGCAGAUGGCAGCGGCCAAGAAAAUACUAGGAUGUUCAAGUACAACGAGCAACACUGUAUUGAGAGCAGAACUGGGAAUGUACUCUCUUAAAACAAAGAGAGACAUGCAAAAGUUGAAUUGGCAGUACAAGGUAAGUAGAAUGUCGGACGAUAGACUACCAGCCAUGGUUGACAAGGCAGCUUGGGGAAAAGCGACUCCAGGGAAGAAAGGAAUCAGAUGGGACAAGGUGGUAGAGAGGGUUUGGAAGGAGAUAGGAGACGAGGAGGAGACAUUGGACACGGAAGGGUUCGGGGGGUUCAAGAAGAAAGUCAAGGAGAUGCUAGAAAGUAGGGAGGAGGCAACCCUUCGGAAGAAGGUACGAAGCGAAGACCACUUGGAGAUAUACGGGAAGUUGAAAGAAGGGAUAGGGAUGAAGAGUUACUUGGACGGCCCCAUGGACUACGCAAAAAAACUGAAGUUGCAAUUUCGAGUAGGCGAUCUGGACUUGCCAGAACGGAGGAAGAGGUACAGCAGCCGUAGGAGAGAGGAAGAGGAGGAUAGACAGUCAUGUCCAUGUGGCAAAUCGGAGGAGAGUAGACCCCACACAGUUGGGGAGUGUGAGCUGUACAGGAAGGAAAGAGAGGAUCUCGAGGAGGACAUGAGACAGAGAGGGUGUGAAAUGGACAAGUUUGGUAAAAUAGACCACAACGAAAAAACGAUCGCGGUAAUUGGGGAUAGGUGGUGGGCACAAGAGGCCGUAGAGGACGGGGAUAAGAUGUGCAAGAAAUUUUUAUGCAGUUUGUGGCAGAAACGUAAAGAGCUCCCAAAUGUUGGUGGUGUCUCUAGUAGGGGUAGGAACGGUGCUCCGUCUCGAAAGGGACGCGUGGUCAAUGUUCAAAUGACUACGGCAAGCAACAAAUGA